AUGAAGCCUAUGGUUAAACUGAUUACAUCAGUGAUAACAAGAAAAGUAAACGGUCUUGGGAAUCUUCCACGACGAAAAGAUAACAAGAAAAUAAAUGUUGGCUCAUGGAUUUAUCGAUCGGGUUACUUUACAUGCGGAACUGUCAACUCUCCCACCCUCUUUUCAAUUUAUUUCAGCACCCUACUCAGUUCUUUCGAUUUAAAUAAAGGUGAUCUAAAAGCCAUCGCCUUUGCAGAUGACUUGGUGGUGUACCUGCCUGGAAAGUCCCCACUGAAGAUCCAAGACGGCUUCCAAAAGCUUCUAAAUGUAAUAGACGAAUUCAUGCAAACCUGGAACCUAAGAAUAAACUACACAAAAUGUGAAACAAUAGUCUUUCGCCGAUCGACUCAUUUCCUAACCAAAGGUAGCAGACCAGGACUUAACACCUUCACACUGAAAGGUACCAAUCCAGCUUCAGCAGCUUUUAAAGCCAAUCGAAGCUUAUUCUACUGCAAACACUUGACUAGCAGGGCUAAAAUUAUAUGCCAUCAACUACUGAUCCGGCCAAUUAUCACCUACGCCAGCCCAAUUUGGUGGAACACCAGCGCAUCCUUUAUGGAAAAAAUCCGAGUCCUGAAUCGCAAAUGUAUUAGGACUUGCCUGAGGGUAUACCGCUCUCGUGAGUCCAACUUCAAGAAGCAAAUCAGCAAUGAAACUCUAUACAACAUUGCUAACAUCCCCCGGAUCGACAAUUUUAUAAUUAAGUUAACACGAGAUUACUUUGCGAAACUCUCUUCAAUUGAGAAUAAAGAAAUUGAAAAGAUCUUGGAAACACCUGACCAACAGAUCUACAUCACGAACCACAACUCAGCUUGCCUACCACCCCAAGCGUUUAUCUACUUUGACAAAAAAGGCAUCAUACAAGACAGCAACAACGUACCAACAAUAUAUCAUUGGGGCAGAAAUGUAGCAAACAAAAGAAUUAAUUUGACAACUGAUAUGAUUGCCAACAAUAAAUAUGAUCCAGUUUAUUCAAUGGCCUUACCAGAACGAGAUAAAAUGGACUUCUACAGUCUUGAUGAAAGAUACUGGUGGCUAGAGGACUCCUGCCAUCGUAUAAAAUUAAAAUUAAGAAAGCUCAACGGCUGGUCGGCGACGUGGUGA